AUGGGCGCCUAUCUCUAUGGGCACCUAUCUCUAGGGGGCGCCUAUCUCUAUGGGCGCCUAUUUUUAGCGGCGCCUAUCUCUACUAGGCGCCUAUCUCUAGGGGCGCUUAUCUCUAUGUGCGCCUAUCUCUAUGGGCGCCUCUCUUUAGGGGCGCCAAUCUCUAGAGGCGCCUAUCUCUUUGGGCGCCAAUCUCUAUGGGCGCCUAUCUCUAGGGGCGGGCGCCUAUCUCUAUGGGCGCCUAUCUCUUUGGGCGCCUAUCUCUAUGGGCGCCUAUCUCUAGGGGCGCCUAUCUCUAGGGGCGCCUAUCUCUAUGGGCGCCUAUCUCUAUGGGCGCCUAUCUCUAGGGCGCCUAUCUCUACGGGCGCCUAUCUCUAUGGACGCCUAUCUCUAGGGGCGCCUAUCUCUAGUGGCGCCUUUCUCUAUGGGCGCCUAUCUCUAGGGGCGCCUAUCUCUAUUGGCGCCUAUCUCUAUGGGCGCCUAUCUCUAUGGGCGCCUAUCUCUAUGGGUGCCUAUCUCUUUGGGCGCCUAUCUCUAUGGGCGCCUAUCUCUAGGGGGCGCCUAUCUCUAGGGGCGCCUGUCUCUAUGGGCGCCUAUCUCUAUGGGCGCCUAUCUCUAGGGGCUCCUAUUUCUAUGGGCGCCUAUCUUAAGGGCGCCUAUCUCUAG